CAUCCACAGAGAUGCAUCCGCCGGACAGUGGCGUGGACAGCCCUGGGUUCAGUGAUACAGCGACCACUGAACUAAUAAGCCGUACAGACAGUGAGCACACCUCCUCCGCUGACGAGUGGGUCCAGCAGGGCCCCAAUCUUCCUCCUCUUUUCCCCCCUCAUCCUCCUCCACCUCCACCUCUUCCCAUUUUACCUCCUCAGGAGGAUCCAGAAGAUGUAAUGGGAGUAUUAGAUGUAGCAUCUUAAACUCAAGUGUAGCUGCCACUGUUUUGGUAAUGUUCUUUUUC